CUCCUCGAUCGCACCUGCGUUGCAAAUACAGCCACGCGAGUAGGUUGGAAAAAGGCUCGACGUUCAACUUAGAUUGUUUAGAUUGUUCAGUGUCUUCAUAGCACUCGCGCACUUAGUUUGUGUAAAAGAAGUAAAAUAAGAAGAGUCACAAAAGCAGAUAACAUGCAAAGCAAAAAGGAAAAAAAGAUAAUGUAUAUGCAAGUGAAUAAUUAAUUAAAAAAGUAUAAAACAAAAACCGAUGAAGAAAAGGAAAGCACCAGAUGCGCUUUGAAGUUUGAAAUAUUUAAUUCUCUUGCCAUUCAUCUUUGCUUGUAGCCCGAGGAAAGGCACCUAGUCAAAGGAGACGAAGAAAUAGUGUACUGUUCUAAAGCAGCGCAGGGACCGACCGCGGCCAACGAUCGACGACUACAUGCCUAUAUAGCACAUGGAGUACCAACAUACCAUUGGAGACAUUCCGUCAAUCCAUUCAUCACUCCACGGAAUUUGUUGCUAGUCAGCUAGAUAGUGGUGGUCGAUGGCGGACGUAGCCGCCAACAAAGCCGAGCAAGCUACCGAUGCUGCUGCUCUCACCAGGAUGCUAGAUCUCCAGCUGUUCAUGGCUGCUCGCCGCGGUGACAGCAAGCGGCUAAAGGAGCUGCUGCUGCGGAACGACGGCGACCAGCAAGGAGGCCCUGCCGUGGCCACAGCGACGACGCCGGCACAAGUCAUCGUGCAAGUUGAUCGCCGCCCCGCCGCAGCUCCAUUGCUGCAUCUCCUUGAUGGGGUGACCCGCAAGGGGGACUCCCUGCUCCACGUCGUUACAGCCUGCGGCGACGGCGGCGAGGGCCCAAAGUACAUAUUAGUAGCACGUAAUUGAGCAUCGACAACACAAAUUGUUCAUAAUUUGAAAUUGUUCAACAUAUAGAUAAUAGACUUACUAAAUGAUCGACAUAUCAAAGUAAAAAUAUCUGAAAUAAAUAGAAGCAUUCAAGUUUCAGAAAUAUUUUUCUCAUUGUGAUACUGCAAUGCAUUAUAUUUAGGAUGCACGCAUACACAAUGUAUGAUACUAGCAAACAACAAAACAAACUUUAGUUUAACAGACAGAGGUAGCUAAGUGCAAGCAUCAAUGCAUCAUUUUAUUACUCUAAUCGUUCUAUUUAAACAAUCAGCAUAAAAUUCACUCUGCUCUUUUAUUUUUCCUACAUAUUCUUGAGAAAUGUUUACAUAUACAAAAUAUUUUAUUUUUCAUUCUUUUCUACAUAUACUUGAGAAUAUCUACAUAUACAAAAUUUUUUGCUAAAAAUAAUGGGUAUUCAACUGAAUACCCUUGAUAUAAGGUGGGCUCACCCCUGGACAGUGAUAGACUUCGUGAGGAUGCGGAACAAGUGUGGGGAGACCGCCCUACACCAGGCGGUGCGCGCUGGCAGCAAGGACUCCAUGGACAAGCUCAUGUCCAUCGAUCCAGAUCUGGCUGUCAUUCCAAGUGAGCCUGACGAGGGUUACACAACCUCACCGUUGUACCUGGCCAUUCCAUUAGGCAAGGAGGAUAUUGCAGAGCAUCUAAUUCGGAGAAGCAAUGGCAAGCUUUCCUGCUUCGGACCAGGCAGCCGAAAUGCAAAUUUUGCAUGCAGCUGUAACUCGCAGAAAAGCGCUGCCAAUGCUUUUGGAAUUGUUCAAGUACGGGACGGUCCAAGCGUAACAAGGGGAAGGGGCCUGGCCAGCGAGCAUUUAUUUACCCCCUCUCUCGGUGCUUACUAUGCUGACACUGAUGGGAGCACCCCUCUUCACUUGGCUGCAUCACUGGAUUGGUGGCCUCGAGCGUGGCUUAUCUCCGAAAGGUUCAAAUACAUUUGGCCAUGGUCAAAAUCUACAGCCACACUGCUACUAGAUGCCAACAUUUGUUCGGCGUAUCAACAAGACAAUAAAGGGCUGUAUCCCAUACACAUUGCUGCCUUGGCUGAUAACCUCGACGUCGCCCAGGUCCUGCUUCAGAGGUGCCCGGACUGCGCCACUCUGCAAGAUGGCGAAGGAAGAACGUUCCUCCAUGUUGCUGCCGCGCGAAGUCAGCUGGCAGCGUCACCUUGUGGCUCACUAUGCCUGCAGACAGCCAAAACUCUCAUUGGUUUCAAAUAUGCAGGACAACAAUGGGGACACUGCCCUUCACUAUGCCAUCCGUGCGGGAAAUCUGGUAGUCUUUAACUUUUUGGUUCGGAAUCCCAAGGUGGAUCUCAAUAUACCAAAUAAGGAUGAUCUGAGACCUCUUGAUCUUUCGUGGAGUAAGAUUCCUCGAAGUGUAUAUUAUGAAUCGCAUCCAACAAUUGUUAUGUCGAGGACAUUACUGUUGGUGGGAGCUCCAGCUGGGGCAAGUCGUUCCGACCUCUUCCUUGAAAAAUAUAUUGGUGAAAUAGACGAGGAAAAAAUAGCAGAGGAUGUGGCAAAAGCAACACAGGCCAUGGUCGUUGUCUCUGUGCUUAUUGCGACUGUCACAUUUGCAUCUGCUUUCACAUUGCCUGGAGGUUAUUAUCAAUCAGCGAGCGACGGGGGUGUACCUGGGACGCCCAUUCUCGCUGGGAGCUAUGCGUUCAAUGCGUUUAUUGUUGCCAAUGCUUUGGCAUUCAUUUGUUCAUGUUUGGCUACCUUCGGUCUGGUCUUUGCUGGGCUGCCUGCCAUGGAGCUCUCGUUACGCUACAAGUAUAGGAGCUUCUCUGCAAUAUUGCUGUAUGCUUCAGGAAGAAGUUUGUUAGCCUCCUUUGCGAUGGGGUUAUACCUGGUGCUAGCACCAACUGCUCAUGCCACAGCAAUCACGGUCUGUGUGAUUAGUUCUGGAGCUUUGGUCUUUGGAAACAUGAGAGUUUGGCUGAUGCUCUGCGGUCUGAACACGGCCCGUGCGAGAUUAGGAAUACGAGGACUGAUUGCAACAUGGUAUGAUUUAGCUCCGGCCGCCGUAGUUUUUACGUUCGGCUUUGUGUCCUUGAUAGUAAUCUUCAGUCUCCCAGCAAUAAUCAGCAAUCUGGACAAGACUCUUUCCAGUCUCCAAGCAAUAUUCUGGACCAAAGGCUCGUGGGAAGGGGACAUAGCUAGAUUUAUUUUGGUAAGCUUGCUCACUGUAGUCAUGGGUGCCCCAUUUAUUAGAUUGAUGGUACAGAGAUGGAAAUAUUAUAAAACUAAUGGAGGUUUUUCAGAAUGGUUAAAAGGUAUCAGCAGUACUUUGAGUUACAUUUUUGAUUUCUGAUUUUGGAAGCCCACUGUUGUAUCUGAGAACGAAGGAAUUUAAAAAGAUUAAUUAAUUUUAUGGAUUGAAGGGAAUAGGCAUGCAUUGAAA